AUGGCUGAUCUCGACCCGAGUAUUUUGUUCAAUGUGAAAGGGCUAGUGGCUGUGGUUACGGGCGGAGGAACAGGCAUCGGAUUAAUGAUAGCGCAAGCACUUGAAGCGAAUGGUGCAAUCGUGUACAUCCUAGGGCGCCGAGAGGAAGUGCUGAAGCAGGCAGCCAGCACAGCGAAACACGGAAACAUACAUCACUUCAAGACCGAUGUGACAUCCAAAUCCGAUCUCUCCGCAGCGGUCGAUCACAUCGCUGCCAAAUCCGGCUACGUCAAUCUUGUUGUCGCCAACUCUGGCAUCCAAGGUCCAACACUGAAAGGUUUGGAAAAGGGUGCGUCAAUCACCGAAUUUCGCGACCACCUAUGGAACUGGGAUAUGGACGAGUUCACGCAAACCUUUGCGGUGAAUACUACUUCGGCUUUCUUCACGGUCGUCGCAUUCCUUGAGCUACUCGAUAAAGGCAACAAAGCCGGCAACAUUGAGCAGAAGAGUCAAGUUAUAUGUAUCAGCAGUGCGGGUGCUUUUAACCGCGUACCGAUGGCGGGCUAUGCGUAUGCUGGCUCCAAGUCGGCAGCAGUACACAUCAUGAAGGCAUUGGCGACGACGUUGGUGCCUUACGAUAUUCGCUCCAAUGUACUCGCGCCUGGCUUAUAUCCUAGUGAAAUGACCGCGGGCAUGCUCAAUCAGGAGACGUGGCCGAGGGACUUCAUACCCGAUCAAAGAGCUGGCAACAUCAAGGAUAUGGCAGGCGCAAUACUGUUCCUCACUAGUAGAGCCGGAGGUUAUGUGAAUGGGAAUGUCUUGCUUACGGACGGGGGGCGCUUGAGUAUCCUGCCUGCGACAUACUGA